AUGUCUGGCCGUGGCAAGGGUGGCAAGGGUCUCGGAAAAGGUGGAGCCAAGCGCCAUCGCAAAGUUCUUCGCGAUAACAUCCAGGGCAUCACCAAGCCCGCUAUCCGUCGUCUGGCUCGCCGUGGCGGCGUGAAGCGCAUCUCCGGUCUCAUCUACGAGGAAACCCGCGGCGUCCUCAAGGUCUUCCUGGAGAACGUCAUCCGCGACGCUGUCACCUACACCGAGCACGCCAAGCGCAAGACCGUCACCGCGAUGGACGUCGUUUACGCGCUCAAGCGCCAAGGCCGAACCCUGUACGGCUUCGGCGGCUAA